AUGGAUGUAGUCAGAGAUGGAGGGUGCAUUGAUAUGGGCAUAGUAACAAAUGGGACAGUAGCUGAUUGUUUGCGGCACCGACGGAGACAUCAUCGCGUGCAAACUUUCAACAGGAUUGAAGUGGAGAUAGAGAAGUUUAAGAGAAACUGGGUUCAAGAGAAUGAUAUCCCAUUAUGGAGGAAUGAGAAAGGCAAAUACAAAAAAGUUUUCUCUACUAAGGAAACUUGGCUUUGUAUUCGAGAGAAGCAUCUCCCUUGCCAUUGGUUUCAAGCUGUCUGGUUUAAACAUGCGACACCGAAGUUCUCGUUUAUUACCUGGCUUGCUAUGCGUGGGAGGUUAUCAACAGGGGAGAGGAUGCAAAAAUGGAAUGGUAAUGUUGAUGCUUCUUGUGUUCUAUGUCAAGAACCGCUGGAGACUCAAAGCCACUUAUUUUUUGAGUGUCCUUACUCAACACAAGUUUGGGAGACACUCAUGAAGGGUGUACUAAGAGAUCAGUACUCUGCGAAUUGGGACAUCUUGGUUAGUCUCCUUACUGGAGAUUCGAGAUGGAGCAAAACAAAACUCUUUACAGCAAGAUACAUGUUCCAAUCAGCUAUUCAUACAAUAUGGAGAGAGCGGAAUAAAAGAAGGCAUGGAGAGGGUUCUGUUCCUGCUGUGCUUUUGAUUCAGCGUUUGGAUAAGAACAUGAGGAAUCAGUUCACUGUCAUUAGAAGAAGGGGGGGAAAGGAGUAUGAAGAUGGAAUGACUACUUGGUUUGAUACUAGAUACUAA